AUGGAUUAUGAGCUUUAUUACUACUGUUUCUUUUCUGUUCUCAUUAAUGGAGUUCCUUCCCCUCCAUUUGCUGCUGAGAAAGGGCUUAGACAAGGUGAUUCUAUGUCCCCCUUUCUCUUUGCUAUUGGUAUGGAAUAUCUCUCAAGGUGCUUAUAUGAGCUUGAUACUAUUCCUGACUUCAAUUACCACCCUAGUUGUGAAAAGCUUCAUUUGAGUCAUCUCAUGUUUACUGAUGAUUUGUUGUUGUUUGCUAGAGCUGAUGAAUGUUCUGUCAAGUUGCUUCUUCAAGCUUUCACUAAGUUCUCUUUAGCUUUUGGUCUUUCUACUAAUAUGGAUAAAAGUGAAGCUUAUUUUGGGGGGAUUUCUGACAAAACUCAGGUUGUUCUGCUGCAUAUCUUGGGAAUGGUUUCUGGUUCCAUUCCAUUUAGGUAUCUUGGGGUACCUUUAUCUUCUAAAAAGCUCACUAUUAGGAAAUGUAAGCCACUUAUUGAUAGAGUUACAGCAAGGAUCAAUGGGUGGGCUGCUAAGCAUCUAUCUAAUGCUGGGAGGAUGCAAUUGAUUAAGAGUGUGUUAUUUGGGGUUCAGACUUACUAG